CACAUAUACAUCGUCGUCAUCCGGAAUAUGGUUCCGGUGGACGACGUGAACAUGAUGUUGAUAUUGAAAAAGAAAUUCAACGUGUUAAAGAUGAAUUACGUAGUAAAGAAACAGAAUUACAACUUAUUAAAGUACAAAAAGCUGUUGAUGAACAAAGAAUACGAGAACGUGAGGAAAAUAUUCGUCAACUUAAAGAAGACAUGCAAGCAUUAACAAAUAAAAUGUCACAAUUAGAAGAGAAAUAUCUUACAUUAAUAUCUUCUACUAAAACUCAACCCACUUCACCAUCUCGUCAACGUGAAACUGGUGUUAAAGAAUUAUUAAAAGAAAAUAAAAGUUUACGUGCUGAAAAUGAACAAUUAAAACAAUUAUUACAACAAGCAGAAAAUAAUUUUAAAAAAGAAGAAAAACAAAAACGACGUCUUCAACGUGAAAUUGAAAAUCUUCAAAAAGAAAUUAAUCAUUUAAAUGAAAAUAUUCGAACAUUAGAAAAUGCAUCUGGUGAUACAAAUCGAUUAUCUGAAGAAUUAAUUCGAUUUCGAAAUAGUUAUAAUGAAGAAAAAAAUCGACGUAAAAAAUUACAAGAUGAACUUGAUGAAGCUAAUAAACAAUUAUCUAGACUUCGAAAUCAACCACCACCAAUAACUGAUCGUAAAUCACCUGUACCAACUCCUCGUUCAAGUAUUUCACCUCCACCAAUACCUAGUCCAGUUCGACCAACUCCACGACCUGUUAAAACAACUGAAAUAUAUUUACCACAAUAUUGUCCAAGUCUUGUUCGAAAAAUAAAUCAAAAUCCACGAUAUUUAAAUGAAUUUAGAAAUAAUACGAAAAAACAAUUCAAUGAUGAACUUCAACAACAUGAAGAUUUAAAUAUUAAUGAAAAAGAUACUCGUCUUAGUGAUAAUGAUUAUCAAACUAAAAUAAAAAUUGUUGAACAAACACGACGAAAUAUGCAGGAUGUAAGUUAA